AUGCCUGGCGUAGUAGAGCCAGAAUCUCUCGAGGCCGGCGAUACUCCUCCCGUCGAGCUUCCUGUCGAUGACACGCCUCCUCGUCCUUACGUCGUUUUCACUCAGAAUGUCGAUCUCGAAAUCGAUUUUGCCCAAAAGCGCGUCCACGGGCGAUCCGAUAUUUUAAUCGUUCCUUUCCUCGAUGUUUCCGAAGUCUUUAUCGACGCCCGUCAGUGUGAUAUUGAUGUGACUCAGAUCACUGUUAGCAACUGUGAGGUGGAGGCCUCCUACACCGAUCCUUGCGAAUCAAUACGAACACCUGAACACUACCGAUGGUCAGCACCUCAGUGGCCGAUUAAGAAGCGCCGCAUGCAACCGUUACUACACCACAAACGUAAGGAAGUGUCAGCGCUGGACCAUGACCUAAAGUUGUGUACUCCUCUUGAUGGUUCCAUUAGAGUCAAACUUCCGAGUGUAGAUGAAGUACUGCGGAGGAAUAAAGACUCCCAGAAAUCCGACCAGCAAGAUAUACUCCUACACCCCGACGGUACGAUAGGCGGCUACAGGAUUCGCAUUCCCUUCAAGCUGAAAAAUGUCUGCGAUGGUCUCCAAUUCGUUGGUGUUGAUGAGGCGGAUAUCCGAUACCCUCACGUCUAUACCCGUCACUCUAUCGAGCCUGGUACGUCAUCUUCUAUCUUUCCGUGUGUCGAUGACCCGGGCUCGCGAAAUUCUUGGAAGAUUUCCAUCACUUGUCCUCGGACACUCGGCGAUGCGUUCCGCAAGCCGCUUACGACGCAACAACCUAGGGGAGUUGGUCCUACUAGUAAAAGCCACAAAAGGAAACACGGCGAGGAUGGACAUAGAACGGUGGAUAUCGCCCUUACGGAGGAAGACAAAAUGCUAGAUAUGACCGUCGUUUGCUCAGGGUAUUUGACUGGCGAGGUGGUUCACAAAGAUGAUGAAACCAAGAAGACUAUGACUUUUGAGAUUGAUCGUAACAAGGCAGCAAAGCAUAUCGGCUUUGCCGUUGGGCCUUUUGAGCACGUAGACCUAUGGUCGGAAUUCCGCAGCGAAGAGGACGACACCAAGCUUGGUGCCAAUGCUGUCAAGGUCCACGGGUAUUGCCUUCCAGGUCGUGCGGAAGAGGUUAGAAACACGUGUUCUACUCUCGUCACAGCGGUGGAUUACUUCGUACUUACAUUCGGUCGGUAUCCGUUUGAGAGUUACAAGGUCUGCUUCGUUGAUGACAUGGUUGAGGACACUGUACCUCUAUGCGCCUUUUCGCUAUGCAGCACCAGACUACUCUACCCUGCAGAUAUUAUUGAUACUGAAGUGGAAACUACAAGGACACUGGUAUACUCGCUAGCAAGCCAAUGGUUUGGCGUCAACAUUGUUCCUAACACAAAAGGAGACAUCUGGCUCGUCGUUGGGAUAGCAUGGUUCUUAACUGACCAUUUUAUGAAGACGUUGUGCGGUAACAAUGAAUACAGGUUUCGGAUGAAGUCCAUGUCGGAUCGGCUUGUCGAGGUUGACAUAAAACGUCCGUCGCUACAAGACAUCGGCGAACACCUGUACUUGGGCAGUUUCGAGGUGGAUUUCAUGAAUCUUAAAGCACCCCUAGUACUAUUCAUCUUAGAUCGCCGUCUUUCCAAAUCGUCUAGCUCUACAGGAAUCUCCAAGAUCAUAUCUCGAAUGGUCAGCAAAGCAAACACGUCCGGCCAGGCCGUUGACGAAAUUUUGGAGUCUAGUGCAUUCCGCAGAGCUUGCGAGAAGGCCGGCAACACGAGGCUAGAGAGCUUCUGGAAUCAAUGGGUGCUCAUGUCUGGAUGUCCGAGGUUCGAAGUAUUUCAACGUUUUAAUAAGAAGCGAUUGUGCGUUGAGAUGACAAUUCGACAAACUCAGGAUAUAGCUUUUCUCAAGGCCAGACCGCUUGACAAGAAUGAUUUCUGGAGGGAUGUCAUGGAGGAGAACCAUGCCGUUUACGCAGCCGAGUUGCAACAGGCUUUUACCGGACCCAUGACCAUCCGAAUCCACGAAGCAGAUGGCACACCAUACGAACAUAUAGUUGAAAUUCGAGAAGAUGCUGCCAAAUCUGUAAAGUUCGAGAUACCCUAUAACACGAAAUAUAAGAGACUUAAGAGGAACCGUCGGCAGCGUGAAAGGGCAUUGGCCAGUAGUACUAAAGGGAACGAGGAUGGGCAUAGGGAUCUCUAUUAUCUGGGAGAUGUCAUGCAGCACCAGGAUGAGAUGGAAGAAUGGGAUUUCCGUGACUGGGACGAAGAAACUGAAGCAAAAAUGGACCAAGAAUCUUACGAAUGGAUACGAAUGGAUGCUGACUUUGAGUGGAUCUGCGAGAUGCAAACCAAUCUCCCUGCUUACAUGUACGCAUCGCAAUUACAACAAGAUAGAGAUGUUGUUGCACAGCAAGACUCCAUGCUAUUCCUUCACAGGAGCUUCUCUAAGACGGGACCGCACCCUCUCGUCUCAACCAUACUAGCUCGUACCGUAUUGGACCCUCGAUAUUACUACGGGAUACGCGUCAUGGCGGCUGAUGAGCUUCCUCGCCAUGCGGUGAACGAGCAUGUGAAUUGGAUAGGGCUUCGGCAUUUGAUGAAAAUCUUCCAGCAUUUCUUUUGUCAGCCGGGAACAUAUACCCCCUUGCCGAAUGACUUCUCAAAUAAGCGCCAAUACCUAAUUCAACGUACUAUCCCCGAGGCUAUAGCCCGUAUCCGUGGCGAAGAUGGCAGGUGUCCUAAAGAUGCGCGCAUGUUCAUCCUCGAGCAACUCCAAGCCAAUGACAAUUCGACCAAUAUCUAUUCCGAUCAGCCAUAUGUCUGCAGGUUAAUCAAAGCCCUAGCUGUGUGUCAAAUUCCAGACGAGAAGAAAACCAAACAACAAAAGUCGAUGUCCUUCGCUUUUGAGGAUGCCGAUGGUGACGAGGUAAUGGCCGAUCCUAUCGAUUCGGAGCCAGAGGAAUUCCGUAGGUUGGCAAUGGAGGAGAUCGAGCGAUAUCGUAGGAUGGAUGAGUAUUCUCCUUCGUACCAGAACUGUUUCACCACGGCCGCACUCGAUGCUCUCUGCCAUUUAAUGAAAGCAGAGGUUAUUAAAAAGGACCCGGUCGUGUUUGUUCAAUACCUACAGGACCAGACUUAUGAUCUUGUACGUGUCAAGGCCUGCGAAUCACUUGUCGAACUGGGAAUGCUAGAAAGCCCUAAAUUCCUACAAUUUUACCUGAAUUUAACCAGUACUGAUCCUUCACCAUUCGUCCGGGACCGACUAUUUAAAGCCCUCUGUCGUGGCUUUGCCAGUAUCGCUAUUGGAGAAAACGAACGGCCAGAGGAGCGAGCAACAAAUCAACCAGCGGAAGAUGACCUUAUUGUUGAGCGUGACGAUGAAACAAUGGAGGCCAGAAAAAAGGCGAAGGCCCGCAAGGAAGAUCUCUCAGUAGCGCUUGCAGCCCUGAAGAAGGAGACUACGGACGACGAGAACUUACAGAAGGCCAUUUGGAAUGCGAUGGACUCGCCUAUCUUGACUGUAACAGAGCGAAUUAAUCUCAUCGAGCUAUGCUCGAUACUAGUCGAAGAUGACCCAUCACUAACUUUGUGUUUCGAUUAUCCUACCUAUUGGACCGUCGAGCGUGGCGAGAAGAGCAGAUCUAGAUGUCUAGUGACAUUCAAGCGGCAUUUUAGGAGGAAACCACGCAAGGUAUACGCUACACAACCGUUGCCACCCAAACCAGAACCCAAGCGAACCAUCACUCUAAACCUCAACCGAAACAUCAGCACAGGCUCGAAAGCUGCGACACCUUUGACCGCCCAAGCUCCUCCGCUACCUGCGCCAAGUGCUCCCACUCCAAAACCUUUACAAACUGUUCCGGCACCCAAGCCUACUGCACUUCCUUCUUUGAAGCCCUCGCUUACGUCGAAGGAAAAAGAGCCUGUUGCUCCUGUGAAACCGCCCGCUACCCAGGAAUCGAAAGAAAAACCUAUCCAAAAACAGGCAAAGCAGUCCACUGCCAUAGCCACAUCCCAAAAAGCUUCUUCAUCGAGUUCUUCUCAGGAUAGGCCUAAAGUAGGCGAUUCUCACAAAGAUAGUAUUUCCGUCCAGGCUCCUGUACGACCUACGGUCGAACUUCCGCACCCCGAGCCAAAACCAGCGCCUUCAAAGGUUGGCGUAAGCAGCCAUUUAGCCCCCCCGAAACAUUCGAAGCCACUUAAACGGGCGAGCACAGAAGGCGAUGGUCCUCGGCCGACUAAAAUGGUCAAACUUAAUACCUCUAGGAUCCCUCGGAGGGAAUUGGAGAAACUUGGAAAACGACCGAAGCCUAAGAUGCUGGUCACGGUGAAGUUCAAGGCCUGGGAAAAAUUACGUAAACGCAAAGACAACGUACCUCAAGCCGGUUCAAUCCGAGCUACGCUUAAACAUCGUAGACCUGAGGAUAAACUAAGCGGCUUCAACCCACGCCAAGGCGCUCGUCCGGCCUCGCCUGCGGCUAGGGCUUCGGAUUUUGCUCCUAUGAAAUCAUCUUCGGCAGCACAAUCCUCCUCUCAGAACCCCUCUGCUAGACCCAAUUCUUCCUUCAAGGCACCGUCGCAUUCCUCUCAGUCGAGCGGAAAUAACGGAAAGCCACGAAAACCUCUUCCAGAAAUGCGCAAGCCGCUCCCAUCAGCGGCGCCGGCCAAUCCCGUACCGCCGAAGCAAUCUCAACCAUCUUCGUCCCCUCCGGCACCAAAGGGUCCCACCAAGCUAAAGAUCAAGCUGAAGCCGCCUACGUCGGGGUCACCUGGGACUUAA